AUGGAAAUUAAUAUAUCUCAAUCCGAUAAUAUUAUUUCGCGUGCAAUAUUAUCCACAAGAAAUGAUAGUGUUGAUGAGAUUAAUGAUUUAUUGAUCUGCCGCUUUCAUGGAGAGGAGAAAAUUUACUAUAGUUUUGAUGAAGCCGUAGACUAUAUAAAUAACUUCUAUCCUGUGGAAUUCUUGAACACGCUCAGUGUUAGUGGUUUACCCCCUCACUACCUACGACUGAAAGUUGGAUGCCCGAUUAUACUAUUACGAAAUCUCGACCCAUCAAAUGGAUUGUGUAAUGGCACCCGGUUGAUAUGUAAAGGUUUUCAGCACAAUGUAGUUGAUGUCGAAAUAGCUGUUGGUCAACAUGCUGGAAAGAGGGUGUUUUUGCCAAGGAUUCCUCUAUGUCCGUCUGAAGAUGACAUGUUCCCGUUCAAGCUAAGGAGAAAACAAUUUCCAAUCCGAUUGUGUUUCGCGAUGACAAUCGAUAAAGCCCAAGGACAAACAAUUCCAAAUGUAGGAAUUCAUCUUCUAGAAUCGGUUUUCUCGCAUGUACAACUUUAUGGGGCAUUAUCCAGAGGGAUAUCACGUGCCAAUACAAAAGUAUUAGUGAUCAUGAUAAACAAUUCAAUGGUAGUGAAGUCUGUACUGUAA